AUGUUGAGCUACAAUCCAAGGUUAAGGUUUUUCGAGAAUUUUUUUUGAAUAUCAAUUUUUCAGAAAAUUUAACCAAACUCAUAAAACUUCAUUAUUCGUUUCUCUGCAAUCAACAGAUUAUGAUAAGGUUUUUUGAAUCAAUUAAAAAAAUACAGGCUGAAUAAUUUGAAAAUUCCAGACUGAAGCAUGUGAGAACAGCUGGUUACAAAAGGCUGACGAUUAUUUCAUUUUUCCAAAAUCUUUCAUGAAACGAUUGAAUUUGAACGAAAUGUGGUCUCUCAGUCAUUACAGGUAACUUUACUACAGUGAUAAUUACUCGAUAAUUAAUAAACAUAAUUUUAGUCAAUUAAUGAGCCAAACAUAUUUGAAUCUUCCUCAUCAAUCCAGAUGGAUUCUUUUCACUUUUGAUGACAAUUUUUAUUUUAUUGAAAAAUUGAUUGAUGAGUUGGCAAACUAUGAUUCACAUCGAGAUUAUUAUUUUAUCAUUCGGGAUUAUUCAUCAAAGGUUUUCUCGUUUAUCUAUAAUAACUAGGUAUUUAAAUUCAAAUAAAAUUUUAGGAUUUUCAUUUUCCCUCAAUAAUUAUGUCACGAAAUGCGCUGGAUACAUUUUAUGAAAAUCGAGAAAAAUGUACUUCACAAUUGCACAGCAUUGAAGGUUGGAACUUUUUCCUCAAAAUUAACUCAAGAAAUAGUUUUUCUAGAUUGGUUGACAACAUGUUUCCAAGGUGUGAAACCAUUCAUAAUUUCUCGAGAUUUCUCAGGAAAAUCUCGAUGUUUCGCACUGAAUCGACACUUUGAGAUUGAGGAAAUGAAGAAAUAUAAGAAAAACGAUUAUGAUGAUGGGUAUUCGGUUAGAUUUUCCCAAAACUGAGGGUUAUUUUUCAUAUUUCUUAAAUUUUUAGGUUAUAAAUGAGCAUAGUUCGUCGCUGAUUUCAUUUUCGAAUCUAACAGUUGAUGAUCUUCGAUUACUUCCGAUAUUAAUUGAUCGAAUUGUGAAAUAA